UCUGGCAACGCACGACUGGCAACCAAACAGCUUUUUGUUUAUCAAACUGUUAAUUUUGUCUUUGCUAAGGGAAAUUUAAUUAUUUACGCAAUGCUUGCGACCAAGCGAGUAAGGGCCCGUGCGAAGAACUUCACCAUCGAGGAGGAGGAGAUCCUGGAGAACCUGAUCCUGGCGCACCGCGACGUGAUCCGCAACAAGCAGAAGGAUCCGACCAUUUGGCGGAAGAAAUCGGAGGCGUGGAAGCAAAUUGAGGCGGACUUCGCCAUUCAGACCGGAGUAGAGCGUUCUUGGCAGGCUCUGCGGGAGAAGUACACCAACAACCUGCGCCUGAUGCGAAAGAACGGAACACUGAGUGACGAGGAGGAAAAAAUUGACAAUGCGCCAGAUUCGGGGCAGAAUUUGUCCAUUUCAGGAGUUUCUUCGCUGGCUGCAGGUGUUGACAAUGAAGAAAGUAGUGCCUAUUUCGAACCGGAGUUCAGCCGAAAAAGCCUCAGUAGCGACUCUACCGAACUUAAGCACGUGCCAAGUAACUCAAGCUAUGCAGUUGACAGACCAAUCUACUCAGCUCUGAAUGCAAAUGACGGGUCAGUCGAUUUGAGCUCAGAAGAGGAUGCCGCCAAUAUCCUGAAGGAUGAAAAAGUCGCUCUGAUCAGGCUGCAGCAGGAGUUCUACCGAUGCGAAAACGCCCGGGCAGCCGAGAAGCACAAGCUUGAGAUGGAGAAUCAGAAAUACGAGCUGGAGCGGCGAAAGGUGGAGCUGCGGAAUAUGCGCCUGAAAAACGAACUUCUCGAAGCGGAAAUACUCGAAAAACGACGUAAAGUCGGGCCAAGCAACGCUUCAUCCUAAGGAGUUGCUAGCUAGGAUAAUUAAGGAAAUUAAUUCCUGUCUUUAUAAUGUCAGUGCUCUUCAGUAAUUACUAUAGUUCAGUUAAGCGAAACUUAAUCGAAAGAAACUCAUGAUUUCAAACCAGAA